UAGGUUUUGUUUGGAAGGGGCAUAACUGCUGUAAACAUGACUGCUCGUAUGUGGCGUGACCUCUUGUUGUGUGACCUCACAUCGGCUCACGUUGUUCGUCAAGAUACGACAAUAAGUCAUACACUAUCACCAAUGUCACCAUGUUUUUAAAUGUUUACUUAACCUAAAGAAAUUAGCACACACGUAUAGAGCUAAGCUACGCGACCAGCGUUUGAUCAGCAAUGCUGCGUCACUGUCGACGGUAGCGACUGUCACUCAGAGUGUAUCGAUGUGCUCAUCUGGGACUAAUGUUCAAGUGAACAUGUAAAUUACUGCAUUUCCGGGUUUUUUUUACUGGGACCAUUGCACCAUUACACCUCAACACUGACAGAUGCUGACAUGGCCUCCGAUGCAGAACACAACGGCUUCCAUUCCCCCGAGGAUUCCUCCGAUACUAAUAAUGGCACAAGUGUCGACUAUCCAGCGAUGCCAUGGUUCGGCAUGGACAUCGGCGGGACACUGACGAAGCUGGUGUACUUCGAGCCACGAGACAUCGCAGCCAGCGAGGAGCAAGAGGAAGUGGAGACACUGCGGACUAUCCGCCGCUAUUUGACGGGGAACGUCGCAUACGGCAAGACAGGGAUCAGAGACGUCCAUCUUGAAAUGCCCAACCAAGUGAUAGGAAACAGACGUGGAUCCCUGCACUUUAUACGUUUCCCCACCACGGAAAUGUACGCUUUUAUUGAUCUAGCAAAAUCCAAGAACUUUUCCAGUUUAUCUAGUGCAAUCUGUGCCACCGGAGGAGGGGCUUACAAGUUCGAGGAGGACUUCUAUAAGAUGGUGAGUCUUCGCCUGCACAAAUAUGACGAGCUUGAGUGCCUCCUAAAGGGCAUCCACUACAUCGACCGCUUCAACCCCUCCUUCGAGUGCUACUACUGGACCGACCCAGGCAACUCCCAGCUCUGUCAGAAGGUCCCUUUCGACUUCAGGAAUCCGUAUCCCUACCUCGUUGUCAAUAUUGGAUCAGGGGUCAGCAUCUUGGCUGUCAAGUCCCCUUCUGAGUACAGGAGAGUGUCAGGUACCAGUCUGGGAGGUGGAACAUUCCUGGGUUUGUGUUGUCUGCUGACAAACUGUGAGACGUUUGAGGACGCCAUCCAGCUGGCAUCCGAGGGAGACGCCACUAAGGUGGACAAACUGGUGCGGGACAUCUACGGCGGUGACUAUGACAAGUUCAACCUGAAGGGGGAAACUGUAGCCAGCAGCUUUGGCCAGAUGAUGAGCAAGGACAGGAGAGAGACGGCUUCAAGGGCUGAUCUGGCCAAGGCUACGCUGGUUACCAUCACCAACAACAUUGGCUCCAUAGCACGCAUGUGUGCUGUCACCGAGAAAAUCGAGCGUGUGGUGUUUGUGGGGAACUUCCUGCGAGUGAACACGAUCUCGAUGAAGCUGCUGGCCUAUGCUAUGGACUUCUGGUCAAGGGGGUCGCUCAAGGCUCUCUUCCUGGAACACGAGGGCUACUUCGGAGCUAUGGGCUGCUUGAUGGAGUACCUGAACCUGGGCCACCCCUGCAACACCUGAGACAAGAGUUGUCGCAAACCAGCAACAUCUACACUGUUACUGCCAACGUCAUGUCAUGGGAUAGCUGUUAAUAUACUGUGGAAUAAUUAGUUAAUAUACUGUACUGGUUGUGGGAUAACUAGUUGAUAUACUGUACUGCUGUGGGAUAACUAACUGAUAUACUAUACCCGCUGUGGGAUAACAAACUGAUAUACUGUACUAUCUGUGGGAUAACUAACUGACAUACUGUACAGCUGUGGGAUAACAAACUGACACUGUACAGCUGUGGGAUAACUAACUGAUAUACUGUACAGCUGUGGGAUAACAAACUGACAUACUGUACAGCUGUGGGAUAACAAACUGACACUGUACAGCUCUGGGAUAACAAACUGACAUACUGUACAGCUGUGGGAUAACAAACUGACACUGUACAGCUCUGGGAUAACAAACUGAUAUACUGUACAGCUCUGGGAUAACAAACUGACAUACUGUACAGCUGUGGGAUAACAAACUGACAUACUGUACAGCUGUGGGAUAACUAACUGACAUACUGUACUAGCUGUGGGAUAACUAGUUGACAUACUGUACAGCUUUGGGAUAACAAACUGACACUGUACAGCUCUGGAAUAACUAGUUGACAUACUGUACAGCUGUGGGAUAACUAGUUGACAUACUGUACUAGCUGUGGGAUAACUAACUGACAUACUGUACAGCUGUGGGAUAACUAGUUGACAUACUGUACAGCUGUGGGAUAACAAACUGACACUGUACAGCUCUGGGAUAACUAGUUGACAUACUGUACAGCUGUGGGAUAUCUAGUUGACAUAUUGUACAGCUUUGGGAUAACAAACUGAUAUACUGUACUAGCUGUGGGAUAACACACUGAUAUACUGUACUAGCUUAGGGAUAACAAACUGAUAAACUGUACUAGCUGUGGGAUAACUAACUGACAUACUGUACAGCUGUGGGAUAACUAACUGAUAUACUGUACAGCUGUGGGAUAUCCAGUUGACAUAUUGUACAUCUGUGGGAUAACUAACUGAUAUACUGUACAGCUGUGGGAUAUCUAGUUGACAUACUGUACAGCUUUGGUAUAACAAACUGAUAUACUGUACAGCUGUGGGAUAACUAACUGAUAUACUGUACAGCUGUGGGAUAUCUAGUUGACAUACUGUACUGCUUUGGGAUAACGAACUGAUAUACUGUACAGCUGUGGGAUAUCUAGUUGACAUACUGUACAGCUUUGGGAUAACAAACUGAUAUACUGUACAGCUGUGGGAUAACAAACUGACAUACUGUACAGCUGUGGGAUAACAAACUGAUAUACUGUACUAGCUGUGGGAUAACUAACUGACAUACUGUACAGCUGUGGGAUAACUAACUGACAUACUGUACAGCUGUGG